UCGUGCGCCCGCCGUCGGCUGGCGCCGUCGCUGCAGUUGUGGACGCCGGUGGGCUGGCGAGAGGAGCGACAUGCCGUUGGCAAGAGAUUUACUACAUCCUUCCCUGGAGGAGGAAAAGGAAAAGCAUAAAAAGAAACGACUUGUUCAGAACCCAAAUUCUUACUUCAUGGAUGUAAAAUGUCCAGGUUGUUACAAGAUUACCACCGUUUUCAGCCAUGCCCAGACAGUGGUUCUUUGUGUUGGUUGUUCAACCGUGUUGUGCCAGCCUACAGGAGGAAAAGCCCGGCUUACAGAAGGCUGUUCAUUUAGAAGAAAGCAACACUAAUGCUGAACCAACUUCCUGAAUCCUGUUAUGUCACAGGAAGCCUUCUGCGCUCAGUAAUGCUGGUUAAUCUACCAAGAUAUUGUCAUUAUUUACCG